UAUAGUUCCUCGAGUGGAGAACAGAACAUCGCAAUUCAGACCACCGGCGUAUUACAGCUAAGACCCAGGAGUAUCUACAAGAUACCUAAGUACCGCACUUUACAUUCGUACUCGAGAGUUCUGUCCGCAAACGCAACUAUCACGAUGUCGUACCCGUCGCGACCCCUCCCCUCGCACUUGCGACAAGGCUCUAUGGGGAACGCUGCGUCCACAGGCCAAUCGCCAAUACUGCUAGCUCGCAUCAACGAAAAGAAGGCCGAAUUAGAAAGUCUCAAGGAGCUGCGAGAUCUCAGUGCAGGAUUGGCGGGGCAGAUGCAGAUGCUGGAGGAGAAACUUGCUACACUUUCAGAUGGCACAGAAGGUAUGCGCCGGAGAGAAUAGAAGUAUGAAGCAUCGCAGAAUUGUCUAAUACGAGGAUCUUAGCUGUUGCAUUAGUCCUGGGGAACUGGCACAAUGUCCUCCGUGCCAUUAGUAUGGCUUCUGGUAAGUCUUGAUGCGUCCUGUUAGAAACCGCUGCUGACUGCCAUAGCGAAAAUCCCCAAGCCGAAAGAACCCGACCAGCCCGAAGGCAGUGAUGCGCAGAAGAAGCAGCCAGAGUUGGAGUUGCCUCAAACUCUUGUCAGAAUACCGACUGAGCAUGCGCCCAUGUUACAACAAGCGACUGAGGGGACGGAAGAGUGAGGUGUUGUUGGUCAAGAUCCUCGGCGGACGAAGAAAAUAUAACGAAUUACGAUGUACGGGCAUUUGAAAGGCGUUGGAGGUGAGAUUGAUUGUGGGAAGAUCCAUAGCAGAAAGUGUCUGGGGACUUUCGUUGCAGGAGCACAUACUAGACUCCUGUGAGUUUAUGGAAUUUGUUGGAUCUACCAUGGCACAACAGCAAUCUGUGAAGAUAGUAUAAAGUAUUGAUAGAGGAGAGAUGAUACCUACCUAGGUCAAGAGAUUGACACGAGUAGUUAUCUAGGUUCUGAUAAUCAAAGACCAGGCCAAGCUCUCCAUCUAAUUUGUGUGGUAUCAGCAGUAUAUAUACCAGUCUAGCACCUAGUUACUGAGGUGGUACUCGAGUACUCAUCCCCCCAAAAAGAAACAGCAUUAGGUGAGGGCUCGGAAUCAUAUCGGCAGCGCGAUC